AAGACGCUGGCGGUCCUGCUGGGAUUUUCAGUCCCGCUGGGUGGUUUUGCUCCCAGUUUGGAACAAAGACAAACCCGGAGAAUCCCUGCUCAUGCACGACUGGACCGUGGUUCCAAGGCGGAGUGAAGUGGAGAGCUGCCAGCAUGAAGCGCCAUGGCUGCCAAGCCAGGCCACCUGUUAGAGCAUGUUUGGGACCUGCUGGAGGAUAUCCUGUGUCUGCAAGGUGUGAGUCUGCCUGCACCUUCCUCCCACCAGCCUCAUGGCUCUCACUCAUGGAAAUUUUAUCUGCUUUGUCUCAGCGUACCCGUUCAGCAGCCAUGGAGGCAGCGCUCAUCUUCCUGUGCUCCCUGCUGGUACCUGCGGCCCUGGCAGACGUGGCCACCCAGGAGAAGGAGGAAGAGGAUCCCUUUAACUAUGAUUACCAGAGCCUGAGGAUCGGGGGGCUGGUGUUCGCCGUGGUCCUGUUCACCGUGGGCAUUCUGCUCAUCCUCAGCAGGAGGUGCAGGUGCAGUUUCAAGCAGAAGCCCAGGGCUCCGGGGGAUGAAGAGGCUCAGGCAGAGAACCUGAUCACCUCGAAUGCAACGGCGGCACAGAAAGCAGAGAACUGAGCAGGAGCCGAUGCUACCCAGAGAGCCCAGGAGAGCCGGUCGGAGCGCAGCCCGCAGCCUGCGAGGAAACUGAGCCCCAGCAGCAGGUCCCUCUCAGGAGACGCGGAGCUGCCGUGUCUGUGUCCCCUCCGUGCUCCAGCACCAGUUCUGUGUCUCCUAACCCGACUAAACUCUGCUCACUCUGCCUCCCGUGGUGUGUAAUGUUGCUGUGAGAUGAUCAUUACCUCUAGGGCUAGUUGUUGCUGAUGUUGUAAUUGUGACUUUCUCUUCACCUUUCUCGUGCCGUGCGUGUGAUUCGGGCUCCGUAGGACUGGCAGGCUGCUGCCCUUUGGGCUGCCCUCCAAGCCUGGGAGCAGGGAGUGUGGGCUGUGGGGCAGAGCCCCCAUUCCCUGCCCGUGCCAGCAGCGCAGCCCCCCCGGCUUUGGGCAGGGCUUGGGGACCUGCAGUGCCCUGGGGACCUGCCCAACCAUUUCAGGGCCACCCGUACCCAUUUCAGCAAUAACCCCCUGCGUGCCCUCAGCCUAAAAACAGCCAUGGUGGGGGUGAGUCAGGCAGGGACAUCCCAUGGCUCAGCCCUCCUCGCUGGGGUCACUGGGGUGCUGGAUUCAAGGCUGAAGGGAGCUCUCCCGCCUCUCCUGCUUGGCACUCCCUGUUUCUGUCCCCUGUUUAACCUGUGGGACGCUGCUUUAAAUGUGAGGUAAGGCCGUGGUGGCAGAGAAGCCCGUGAGGUCCCCAGCACGGUGACACUGUGGGUGAGGGCAGCAGCACAGCGGUGACCCCACUAACCAGCACAAACCAGCUCCUGCCGAGCUGGGUGGCACAGGGUGAGGGCUGAAGAGAAACAAGAGAUCCUGUCCGUGCUUGUCUCUGGCAGGGAAAGGGCAGCAGCGUCUCCUCCUGGUGCUCCCUGCCCCUCCUGACACCUUGUCACUCCCUGUGCCACCCGUGUCAGUGCUGUGUGUGGUUCCGUGUCACCCCCGGUGCCAGCUGUCCCCUCUCCCCGUGGAGCAGCAGUGAGUGGCACUGAGUGAUUCUCGGGGGGUUUGCACACCUGAGCUUGCACUGUGACAACCUGCUGAGCCCAGAGGCCAUCGUCACCCUGUGUCCUCUCAUGGGUCAGAGGCAAACCUGUGAUUUUUGGCUCUUCCCCAAGUCCAUGGGCAGGCAAAACCUCGGCUGGGGCUAGGGACAGCCAGCUUGGGUGGGAGCAGCAGUGAGGGGUCCCCAGGGCUUCACUGAAACACCUCAGGGUGCCAUCCCCACAGCAGGAAGGGGUUUUUCCCUCCAGGAUGGUUCUGAGAGGAGUUUCUGCUGUGUCCAUCCCACUGUGGUGGCCCUGCCUCAGGCGUGGGCUGUGUCCCUGCAUGCUUGGCAUCACUCGGUGGCACCGGGAAGCUCUGUCCCAUCCGUGCCAGGCAGAAGGACCAUGUCUCUCGUGUUGUGUCCCUUCCCUCUGUGCUGGCUGUUGCAGAGAGCUCUCGGGCAGAGCAGACCCCCGGCCCAGCCCCCGAGUGUCACGGUGUGUGUCCCUCCAGUCGGAGUGCCCGUGCUGUCCCUAGUGUGCCGUCGGUGUUACCACAAAACAAAGAGCUCCCUGUGGUGUGUAAAAUGGCCAAACCCUGAGUGUUGUAAAAUAAACUGAGCUAUUGUGUCUCCUUUUAAAUAGGCGAGUGUGCUGCUGUGCUGGAGGGCUGGUGUGCUCUGUGCUGUGACCUAAGGGGAAAGGAAUAAAAUAUCGUUUCUA